AUGCCGGAGAAAGAAGAGCCGUCCUCAUCGGGAAGCUACAAGUCGCGAUCGUCCUCUCGAAGAUCUUCGAGUAGAAGAUCGAAAACAACAAGAAAAGCAGUCGAAGAUCGUUCCGAAUCAUCACAUGCCUCUGAUUUGUUGGAGAAGGGCGAAAGACGUACUCGAUCUUCCACACGAUCGAAAACAACAAGAGAAGCAGAUGAAGAUCCUGCUAAAUCAUCCCAUUUAGAGUCCAGCCAGAGAAGCAGAAGAUCACGAAAGAGUGAUGGAAAGAAGAAACGAAGCGCUGCAAAGGCAUCGAGGCCUGGUGCGAUUUCAGAAAUCGCUGCCAGCAGUUCUGGCAAUCGUAGUAGAAACAAGGAACGAAGCUCUACACGAGCAUACAAGGAUGGUGUCGUUCCCGAGAACGACCGCAGUAUCGCUGCUGAUCGAAAGAAGGACCGAACAAGGUCUUCUAACCGAUCAUCCAACAAACCCGGAGCUCGUCCCGAAGAUCGAAUGACCCACCGCGAGAAAAGAAAAGAAGAAAAGGCUGUCAGCUCCUCCACUAAACAGCUGCCGGCGCCCGCUGCAGCCAAAGGCAACUCUGAGGAAGCUGAUAUUUUGUUUGAAGCGGUGGCUGUGGAUGAAAAUAACUCAGAAAGUCAAGAUGCUGUUCAUAAAUUGACUCGCGAGUUUGAGCAAAGGGAAAAGAAACGUCAACAAGAAAUGGAAGCUUUGAACCAGCGACUGGAAGCUGAGAGUGCACAACGAGAAGCAAACGAAGAAGCGCAACGAGAAGCACAACGAAAAGAGAAGAAGAAGCAAACAAUGCGGAUCGUUAUUGGUGUAUCUUGUUGCAUUCUUGUUCUCGUUGCCGUCGGAGUUGCUGCUUACUUUGCUCUCAACAAAGAUGAAGCAACCGUGACGCAGAUAUUUGUGACUCAGAUAUACAAUCCACCCACUCAAGAAGAGUGUCGCGCGAUCGCAAGGAAUGAAACCAUUGUUGUUGGACAAGAAGCCGAAUUGGAACAGACAAUUCUUGACAUGGCCUUUGAUGUCACUAUGGAUUCGGGUUGCGAAAUUACUACCCCUCAGGUGGACAUUAUCUUGAUGGCCAUUCAAGAAAAACUUCUUCCACCCUUGGCCGGAUGCUCCAGUGAGACUGCCAGUCGCCGUGGGCUGGUAGCUGAUAACGAGCAGCCAGAACUUGCCAAUGGGGAAAAUCGUUAUGUGAUUUUGAAUGCAUUCGUCACGGGUCGAAUCGAUCCGGAUGUAAUCUGUGGUGACAGCAGUCAAGAUGAGUCGAAACUCUUUCAUCGGAUCUCAACGAAUGUGAAUCUCAUUUUGAAAGGACCUGUUGAAAGGUCGGAUCUUGUCCUUUUGGCUUUUGACCAAGUCGAUGAGGUAUUGAAAAACGGAGGACACGAUGAUGAUAACUUGAAGGAUCCAUUCGGUUUGGACGAAUCAUUCUCCACAGUACGAUUGGUCAAAAUUGAAGAUCAAUAUGUAUCAUCGGCUCCAUCAACUGCUCUAACGCCGGUUCCAUCUUUUAGUCCCAGUCGAACGACCUCUCAAGACCAAAGCUUAUCACCAUCAAGAGUCACACCUGUGCCAUCAACGAGGCCUACCUUUGCUCCAGUAGUUGUUUCAACGCUUCCGCCAACUGCAACUGUAAUAAUCCAAACUGUAGAGCCAUCAAAUAGACCCACAUUGGCUCCAGUUGCAAGACCCUCCGAUACGCCAAGUCUACGUCCUUCCAUCACAACCUCUUCAUCACCAACAUUGGCUCCAGUGGUGGGUCCAACUCUUUCGCCCUCGAGCGCACCUUCGACAGUACCAUCGAAAAUGCCAAGUUUGUCUCCAACAGCUCUUCCAAGUGAAGUUUCAUCUGCCGGUCCUUCGUGGGUGCCAUCGGUAGUGCCAUCUUUGAAUCCAUCAACCGAGCCGAGCAUGUCUCAAUCUUUGAAUCCAUCAACCGAGCCGAGCAUGUCUCAAUCUUUGAAUCCAUCAACCCAGCCGAGCAUGUCUCAAUCUUUGAAUCCAUCCAUGCAACCAAGUAUGGUUUCAUCUGCCAUUCCAUCGAUGAAGCCAAGUAUGGUUCCAUCUGCUACUCCUUCAAUCCAACUCUCGCAAUCUCAAAGAUGCUUUCAAAGCAGCACUGAACUCAGUAGUGAAGUCAACAACUGGUUUGGUACCCCAUUGCAAAAGUCAACAGUCGAAAACACAUAUGGCCUCAUUGGAGACUGGUGUUUUGGUGCAGGUGUGACCAGUAUGCAUCAACUAUUCAAGGAUCGCUCUGCUUUCAAUGAAGACAUUUCGAACUGGGACGUUUCUUCUGUGACAAGCAUGAGUUCCAUGUUCUGGCGAGCUUCAUCCUUCAAUCAAGACUUGUCAAGUUGGGAUGUUUCUUCUGUGGCAUAUAUGGUUUACAUGUUCCGAGAAACACCCUUCAAUCAAGACAUAUCAUCCUGGGAUGUUUCUUCUGUUAGAAAUAUGAAUGCCAUGUUCUGGCAAGCAUCUGAUUUCAAUCAAGACUUGUCAUCCUGGAAUGUUUCUUCUCUGCAAAAUAUGGGUUGGAUGUUCGGUUAUGCAUCAUCCUUCAAUCAGAAUCUUUGUGCGUGGGGACCGCGCUUGCGGCCGAACCAGGACCUGUUUCGGGUCACUUUUUCUGGCGCCACCAGCUGCCCAACACAAUCCAAUCCAAGCUUGUCGGCGAAUCCACCAGGGCCAUUUUGCCACUUUUGCUAA